UAAUAAUGAUGAAAUUUUGGUCAACCUUUUUAGGUUUGGAGUAAAUUGAGUAAUUGAUUAUGAGAUCUAUUGAUUUUUUAUAAUUGGUGAUUUAGCCGUUAAUCAAGUGAUUAGUGAAUAAUGACAGAUCAUCAAUUAAGGGGUUGUGUUAAUGUUAAUGAUGGUGUUUUUUUGUAGCUUUAAAUUUGGAUUUUUAUGUGAUAGAUCCAGUACUAAUUGUAUGCAUUAUAUUCACUGCAUGUGUUCAUAUAUAUAUAUAUUUUGAUUAAUAAUUAGUGAAGAUAUUUUGGAAUUAAUUGCUAAUUUAUGUAUUUGUUUAAACCAAGAUUUAAUGAAUUUUCACCCUGUAAUUAUGUUGAAUGUUAUGUUAAAUGUGUUUUUGGGUGUGAAUUGUAGUGACGAAAUGUGGGAUUGGAAAGGCGAAGAUUAUGGUUUGCAACUAGAUGAAUCUAAUAGUCUUUGGAGUGGUGUAACUGAGAAUGACGAUGAUCUUUCGUAUAUGUUUAAUGAAUCAACCCCGGCAAAGUCUUGUGGGGAUGUGGCUUAUCAAGUUACCGAUAACGAAAAUGUUAGCAAGGGAAUGGAGCUUUCUAGGGAGCCCACUUCCCAAGCAAAAAGACGCCGAAUGCUGCAGUUUGAUGAUGAAGUUUUGGAUGCCAAUGUUCUUCCAUUUUGUGAUGAGCAUUUUUCGUCCAACUUUUUGAAGUCUAAGGAGAGGGAAGACUCAUUGGAUGGGACAUUUUCUGAUAUGGCUCAAUGGGUGUCUGGAUUUGCAGAUGAUAUGUCAGCUUCCGCAUCUGGCUAUGACAGUUUGGAACAGUCUUCAGAUGCCUGGUUGGCGGAUUGCCUUGUAAAUGACUCGGGGAUGCAUUUCAGCCCUGAUGAUAUGAGUUUAUCUGGGACCCCAGAUAGCCAGAUGAAUCUUACAGAUUCAGAUAACUUGCAACCUGAGAAUGGAGGUAAUAUGGUUCAAGAACGUCAGACUCCCCGUCAAAAGAUAAUUUUCAAAGGAAAAAAGUCUUUCAUCAAGACACCCGCAAAGAUGACUUCAUCAGUUGUUCUUCCAUUCGCGUUUGUAAAACCGUGUGGUGUGCAAGGAGCAGUUACUCUUAAAGACAUUAACCAGAAGAUCCUUACUCCAUCAAAACCAAAGAAAACUCAAGAACCUAUAAUUUAUCCUACAUCUGCUUUCUCUGGAAAGCCCAUUGUUGGUAAAACUAAAAUCCGCACGGAAGGAGGCAAAGGGAGCAUCACAAUAAUGAGAACAAAAGGAUGAUGAUCAGAUAAGUGUUUAAUUUAUUCGCAUAAUUGCUUCAGUUUUUAUUGGAGCUAGAGUUUUUCAUGUCACUAAGCGGGGUCGUAUAGAAUUUAAUUUAUAAAAAGAAGAAGAAAGAUAGUUGUGUAAAAAUAUGCAAGUGUCUGUAGCAUCUCCAAGGAGAUCCUUUAGGCUGUUGAUUUCAUGUUUCUAUCCCUGAGCUGUCUGGUAUUUUGUUAGGAUCUUUUUUGUGUAUAAGAUCCUUCUGCCAUUCGUUUCUACCCGGAACAACUAAUUCAAUUAAUUUAUCUCAUCUUAGUUAA